AUGGUGGGGCUUCAAGCUUAUAAGUUAGAACUACCACCUGAAAUGUCCGGAAUCCACAACACAUUUCAUGUGUGUUACCUUCGUAAGUGUUUGGCAGAAGAAGAUAGUGUGAUACCACCUUCAGAAAUUUAUGUGGAUGAGAACAACCGAUGUGUGGAAGAACCAGAAGCCAUCCUAGAGUGUAAGACCAAGGUGUUGAGGCACAAGGAGGUGGUCAUGGUUAAGGUAAAAUGGAAGCAUCAUCGAGGGUCAAAUGUGACAUGGGAAGCGAAAGAGGACUUGAAGAGGUGUUACCCUCACCUAUUCGCGUGA